GGGGUUUUCUUCUGGCCAGUGUUGUCUUCACCAGUCUACAAGUAUGGGGAAUAUCUUUGCCAACCUCUUCAAAGGCCUCUUCGGCAAAAAAGAAAUGCGCAUUCUCAUGGUGGGCCUGGAUGCUGCAGGGAAGACUACCAUCCUGUACAAACUGAAGCUGGGUGAAAUUGUGACCACCAUUCCUACUAUAGGCUUCAACGUGGAAACUAUGGAGUACAAGAACAUCAGCUUCACGGUGUGGGACGUGGGUGGCCAGGACAAGAUCCGGCCCCUGUGGCGCCACUACUUCCAGAACACACAAGGUCUGAUCUUUGUGGUUGACAGUAAUGACAGAGAGCGUGUGAACGAGGCCCGUGAAGAGCUCAUGAGGAUGUUGGCUGAAGACGAGCUCAGGGAUGCAGUCUUGCUGGUGUUUGCUAACAAGCAGGACCUCCCCAAUGCCAUGAAUGCGGCUGAGAUCACGGACAAGCUGGGCCUGCACUCCCUGCGCCACAGGAACUGGUACAUUCAGGCCACCUGUGCCACCAGUGGGGUCGGGCUCUAUGAGGGAUUGGACUGGCUGUCCAAUCAGCUCUGGAACCAGAAGUGAGCCAGCACUCUUCUCUUUUCCCUUUCACCCCCUCUCCACCCUCGCUUUUCUCUCAUGUGGCAAACGUGCGCCCUGUGGUGUGAGUGCCAGAAGCUGUCUCCAUGGUUGGUCACAGUGUGCUUCACCAUGCUGUAAAUGUGCAGACGCAGCCUGCAACCGGGUUUUUAUUUAAUGUAAAUAGUUUUUGUUUCCAAUGAGGCAGUUUCUGGUACUCCUAUGCAAUAUUACUCAGCUUUUUUUAUUGUAAAAAGAGAA